UGGGUUUCACGCUGCUCUGAGCCCCUGCCCUCACGCUGGCCGGCCCUGCCCGCCAUGGCCCUGUGUCUCAAGCAAGUCUUCAACAAAGACAAGACGUUCCGUCCCCGGAAGAAGUUUGAGCCGGGCACGCAGCGCUUCGAGCUGUACAAGAAAGCCCAGGCCUCGCUCAAGUCGGGCCUGGACCUGAGGGCAGUGGUGCAGCUGCCUCCGGGCGAGAGCAUCAACGACUGGAUCGCCGUGCACGUGGUGGACUUCUUCAACCGCAUCAACCUCAUCUACGGCACCAUGUCGGAGUACUGCACCGAGAGGAGCUGCCCCAUCAUGUCUGGGGGGCUCAAGUACGAGUACAGGUGGCAGGACGACAGCAAGUACAAGAAGCCCACCAAGCUGUCGGCCCCGCAGUACAUGUGCAUGCUGAUGGACUGGAUCGAGAUGCUCAUCAACAACGAGGACAUCUUCCCCACCAGGAUAGGUGUUCCCUUCCCCAAGCAGUUCCAGCAAGUUUGCACCAAGAUCCUCACCCGCCUCUUCCGUGUCUUUGUCCACGUCUACAUCCACCACUUUGACAGCAUCAUCAACAUGGGUGCUGAGGCUCACGUCAACACCUGCUACAAGCACUUUUACUAUUUCAUCAGGGAGUUCAGCCUCAUUGACCACCGGGAGCUGGAGCCUUUGAAAGAAAUGACAGAACGGAUUUGCCACUGAAGUCUUCUGGCAGACAAACUCAGCUGGCUCACUCAGAGUCCAGUGGGACAAGACACCCUGUGGUGGAAGACCUGCUCCCUUGGACUUGCUCUGGGCAUUCCAGCUCCUAUGAACACUGCAGAAAAUCCUCUUCAGGCCAGGGCUGAAUCCUAAGUUUUCCAAAAACCUCUGGACAGAUUUUUCUUCUUUUAAUAGAACCUAAUCUCUGUUGUAUGGUUCCUGUUUUAGAAAGCCACUGACUUACUGGAGAAUGAGGCAAGUCUGGUUUACUUCUAAAAGGUUUACUUUUGCACACUCUGAUUUCUAAGACUCAAUC